AUGAAAGAUGUGAUGGGACAUAUGUGUACCAUUAUGAGAAUACAUUUGACGUGGCCGAGCAGCUCUUCAGAUUUACCAUCUACUGUCAUCGCAAAGAUACCCAACACGGCAGCACUGGUGCAGAAGCUCGAAGGGGCAUAUGGUGAUCAAGCCCCAGUUGCUACUGCUCCCGACGACUCAUUUCUCCAAUAUAUUCAUGAAAAUGAAAUUGACACCUACGCAAUGCUCAGCAAAAGUAAGUGCGAAGGAUUAGCUGUACCGUUCUUCUAUGGCGCCCUACCAUUUUCAUCGCCAAGCCCUUGUAUUCUCAUCGAAGAUAUUCAUUCUAGCGGAACUGUGGAUCUAAUUGAUGGAUUCAACGAUGAUCAGGAGGGCACCGAAACAUACCAGCAGUUUCUGAAGAUGAGCGAAUCAAUGAACGAUCAUCUGAGGAGUCAAUAUCCUGUGCUCAAAGAAGGACUCCAACUCCUGUACGACAAUUACACCAAGAAUCCAUCGUGGUGCCUGGAGCAAUUUCGUUACUUUAGGAGUAAAGGUACACUAUAUGCGUAG